GUUCUUCUUCUCGAUUCUUCCUCCCGACAAGCCCCCCCCCAAGCCACCGACUUUCUUUCCCCCUUGAAAAGCCGGUGAGAUCUUGAUGAAAUUCCUUCCUUUUCUUGUUAAAUCACAAGAUUUAGGACCUAGAAUCUUCCCUCUCAACCCAGAAAAAAUCCCGGUUCUGCUCUGCUCUUCACCCCUACAGCCGGCAAGAGCCCCAGCUACCGCCACCCAUUUCCAGCCGGGAACACCGGCCAAGCUUGGGGAUUUCUCCCUAUUUUCUUGUUCUAGACACCUAUUAAACCCAGAAUUUUCCAGAUCUGGUCUGCUCUUCUUCCCCCGUCCGCGAGCUGCUCUUGUCGGUGGAGAACUUCUCGGUCUUUCUGAUUUCCGUGAGUUUCCCUGCAAAUCCCGCCGGCCUCCUUCCCAAACUGCAGCUCCGGUUUCCUUGCUUGUAAAUUAUGGUUUUGAUCGUUUUGUCACCGUAGCACUUGGGUUAGCCUUCUGUUCUGUGCGAGUGAGGUAAGUAAAUUAUGGUAAAGCCCUUUGAUUUUAAAGCAUAUUUCAAACUGUUUUUGAGAUGGUGGCAAGGUUUAAAUUGAUUUUAAAUUGAUUUUCAUCAGCACCUGAGUGUGAUUAAAUUGAAAUGAAAAUUUGGAUGCUUUUCAUGAGAAUUUCCUUGUUUUUCUGAAAUUGAGCAUGAUUGAAAUGAAAAUGAGGAUUUUAUUGAUUUUCUGGAAAUGAGCAUGAUUGAGAAAUGAAAAUGAGAAUUUCAUUGUUUUUCUGGAAUAUAGCAUGCCUAUUUGGGAAUUGACUGAACUGCUUUGAUGAAUUGAGAAUUUUGUAAAUGUUGAGUUUUCUGUUAAAUUCAUGCCUGCAUGGAAAUUUUUCGGUUUGUUCUGAAAUUCGAGAUUGAUUGUGAAAUUCGGGUUUUUUUUGUAAAUUCUGCAUGGUUUUGUCUCGGAUAUAGUUAUGAUUAUUGAUGAUCCUGCUAGUGGAGGUUAAACGCUAGCACAUGUCGGCACACGUCGAUAUGUUAUUGAUGAUCCUACUAGUGGGGGUUAAAAAUGGGGGUUAAACGCUAGCACAUGUCGGCACUUGUCGAUAUGUUAUUGAUGAUCCUGUUUCUGUCGCCUGCCAGUGGGUUGUUAUAACACUGACCAUGACUUAUAGAUGAGACUACUGAACUGAAAUCUGAUUUUGCAUUAACAGUUUUGUCAUGAAACGUUUUGUUAUUGAAUUGAAUCUGAUUCUGUAUUAACGGUUUUGUCAUCGAACGUUUUGCUAUUGAACCGAAUUUGAUUUCCGCAUUAACGGUUUAUCAAUGAAAGUUCUGCUAUGCUUACAUGGUUUAUCUUGCAUGCUUAAAAGU